UUUUGUAUAGAAGAAACUUGUCUGAAACUCUUAUGAAACGUCAGAGUUGAAUGCAGCCAAUGCCACGUGGGCAGCUCUUCAGACACACACACACACACAUUUGCAGAAGCUUCAAAGCAUUUAUAUGAAUUCGAAUCAAAGCGAUCCGCUGCUGCAGGUGGCCAAAUGUGAGAUGUGCCCCCAGAAGGUGACAAACUUUGUGGUAGGCCUCUGUGAGCGCUGCGUGGCAAUUUGGACGAGCAAACGGACGAUGGAGACGAUGCACAUAACGAUUGACCAUGUGAAGGCGGCGAUUGUUAGCAUGAGCCAGAGCAAGACAAGGCAUCAGAACAUGAGCGCUGUGUUCCGACGCGUCAUCGACGAGGAGCACAGGCGGCGCAAACUGAAAGUUGAUCUCUUUCAAAAGCUGCGCGAGAAGUUUCAAGAUGGCGUUCUGCUGCCUGAAGUCGAGGAAUACUGCGAGAGUACGAAAAUCGAUGUGGACGAACAUAAUUAUGAGUUGGUGCUGCCCGGCGUGGAGAUGGAGCAGCUGGAGGACCUCAAGCUGCCCAAAGCUCUGCUCAAUUAGCAUAUAGUAAACUAUUUUAAGGACGUAUCGCUGUGUGCCAGGAGGAUAUUAUCUGCUCAUUACAAAUCGAUUAUUGUCAUCUAUUAGCAUGGCUAUCCUUUUGUUCUACGCACCGCCAGUAAUUGAUAGUUUUCGGUUUCUGUUUUUGUUU